CGGUGCUUGCCGCUGCUUCCGGCCGGCAGGCAGCCGCGCGUGGCCCCGCCGCCGCCAUGCUGAUGAAGGGCCGGUUCCCCAUCCGGCGGACGCUGCAGUACCUCAGCCAGGGCGACAUCGUCUUCAAGAGCUCGGUGAAGGUGAUGACCGUGAACUACAACACGGCGGGGGAGCGGAGCGCGGGGGCGAGGAGGUUCGUGUUCUUCAGCGUCCCCCAGAUCCAGUACAGGAACCCCUGGGUGCAGAUCCUGCUGCUCAGGAACAUGACCCCCUCGCCCUUCCUCCGCUUCUACCUGGAGAGCGGAGAACAAGUCCUGGUCGACGUGGAGGAUAAAACCAGCAAAGAGAUAACCGAGCACAUUAGGAAAAUCUUGGGGAAAAGCAAAGAAACGCUUGAAAAAGAGGAAAGGGAAAGAAAAAAACUGUCACAUCCAGCAACUUUUGGGCCCAGGAAGUAUCAUCUGCGAGAAUGCAUGUGUGAAAUUGAAGGCCAAGUCCCCUGCCCUGCUUUUGUGCCACUGCCCAAAGAGAUGAGGGGAAAAUACAAAGCUGCUACAAAAAAUGAAGCAUCAGCCUGACGUCUCAAGUUAUGCAGUUGUUUUUCCUCAGGGCUGGAUGAUCAAGGUACUUCAAUGAGAAACAAGAGCUAACAGCUCUUGGAAAUGGGAACAAGCAGGUUCAUAUAGUACAGACAACCUUGUCUCAAGUUUUCUUACAGCUACAACUAGAAUAAUUGAAGUGAAAAAUAAACUAAGUUAAAAACCCAGGUUUUUUGGCACCAGUUUUACAAAGCAUUACAGUCAACACUGCGUAGAAAGAAAACAGAACGAGGAAAGACAGAAUGACCAGAGCCCUGUUUCCUUCCUACUCAUGCCAGCAUGUAUAAGGUUGUGGCAAAACCAAGAUCAUGGUUGCCAAAAAGUUAAUCUUAGAAGCAGUCCAGAAUUCCACAAUUUGUAGAAAGUGGUGUAAAAACAUUUCUGCUGAUUUCCAUCUUGUACCACCUGAAGACUGCCAAAUGAUAAUGCCACUCCAGGUUCAAACUAAAGCCUGAAUUUUCUUAAUUUUUUUAGUUACCACUCAAACAGUUGGAAGUCUCAUUAACAAGACAGAACUUCUGCAGCUGAUAGUGCAGCUCUGAGCAGCACUGAUCAAGGCAGAGAGUUACCAGCACUGAAGAACACUUAAGUUAGCAUUUAAAAGAUAUGCCUCACGAUUACCUUUAUUCUCCUUCAAGAAAAAAAAAGCUACUCGUAAGACAAUUUCCUGAAUGGUCUUCUUUUUUUUUUUUCCUUAAAGCCACAAAAAGGCAAACUGUGCCUAGAUUUAUCAACUUCCAGCAAAUUCUAGCCAGCGAGUCCAUUAUGCUUCAAAGUCCAGUGCUGCUAUAUACUUCCUCUUAACACCUCAAACACUCCUGCUCUCUGCAUGUGGUCAAAAAACCUUCUGAAUCAUUGUAGCUUCGGCCCCACAAAACAAUUACAUGGUACCAAUAACAGUAUAUAAACACGUGACAGGUUGUACUGUAUUUCUUGCAAUUUGGUAAUUGCACAUACCUUUAAGUCAGGCUUACAUAUGCAGAUUACUGUAGAACUGUGUUUCAGCAUUUCCAAGCUAACAGUUGAAUACAAAACUGCACAGUGAUUCAUGUGAAAGCAUCCUGUAAAAACGGUCAAGGACAAGCAGCACAAAAUAAACAUGUUUUAUUUCA